AUGGUUGAAUUAGAUCUUUUACGAAUUAUUACGCAAAAUUGGAGAUUGAAUAGUUUGAUUUUUAAUCAAUCAAAUAAUUAUAAGCUGCUCAAUGCACUUAAAUUCAUAAAAUCUCGGCCAACAACUGGAAGCUUAGCAGCAAAUAAUAAGGUUGAUUUUGCUGAUUUAUACUAUUUUGUACAAACCUUCCGUCAAGAAAUUGAUAAUACUAUUACAGGUAGUGAACUUUUUCCUAGAGAAAUGCUUAUUCUCAAAAAAUCUCAGAUAUCUCUAUCGGACGAUAUCUAUAGACUACUAGCAGAAUAUUAUAAAACAGCAUACAACAAAAAAGAAAUUGUAACAAUUACUAAAGCAGCUUCUAGUAAAGAUAAGUUAGAAGAUAUGAUUAUCGCUUCUCCUAUUAUAGAUCAAUACGCACGAAUUCAGAUUGGAGACGAAUUUUUUGGAUCAACAAUGACCCCAAAAUAUAAAAACAAUUCAUAUAUAUUAGCAAAAUUCAUACAAGAUAAUGGAAGUAUUGAUAUUUUUCCUGAAAAU